AUGUCAACCCAAUCAAACAUCCCCCACAACCAGGAGCAUGUAGUUUCUGUCACUCGAAAGCCAGGUCACUUGGCAGGGACCCGAGCUGAUCCGGCAAAGAAGUCUCUAUAUGCUGCUGCAGGUGUAAAACUUGUAAACUUGACACCAGAUAUUGGUACCGAAAUCGUUGGCUUACAAUUGAAGGAUUUGAACGAUCAACAGGCUGAGGACUUGGCGCUUUUAAUUGCAGAGCGUGGGGUGGUCUUCUUCAGAAGCCAAGACUUGUCUGUUGAAGAGCAACGUCGUCUUGGACUACGAUGGGGCAAAUUACAUGAUCGAGUUCCCGGUGUUGGACCAUCAGCUGCCAACGAUGUUCAAGUCAUUCAUGUCGACCAGAAUUCAGUCCGUGCACCUGACUCUUGGCAUCAGGACCACUCGGCCGACGAAGAGCCUGCGACUAUUACUUUCUUGGUUAUCCGAGACUUACCAGAGGAUGAAGUCGGGGGUGACACUCAAUGGGCUUCGCUUUAUGCUGCGUAUGAUAAACUUUCUCCUGAAUUCCGAAAGAAACUGGAAGGAUUGUCAACGUUGCAAGAGGGGUCCUACUACCCACAGGAUGACAGCUAUGAACCGGCUCGUGGAGAGCAUCCAUUGAUUAGAACUCACCCAGUCACUGGUUGGAGGAUUCUUUACACCAAUCGAGCUUGGAACAAGCAAAUCAAAGGUUUCUCUAAGGAGGAGUCAGAUAAUUUGUUGAACUUCCUUAACGAACACGUUGCAAAAGGAAUUGAAUUCCAGGUUCGUUGGAAAUGGAGCAAGAACUCUGUUGCUCUAUGGGACAAUCGAGCCACUCAACAUCGAGCAACUUGGGACUAUUAUCCAUCUAGUCGAACUGGGACUAGAGUUGUUGUAAUGGGCGACCGUUCGUACUUCGAUCCAAACUCCAAGUCACGAGCUGAGGCCCUAAACCUUCCAAUCAAUCCUUCUUGGCGUUUGGGCAUCGCCAAGAGUGUUGAAGACAUUAAGGGCAUCAAUAAACUGGGCGUCAAAUUUAACAACCAGUUGAAGGGUAAAUGGCAGAUUCCUAUUAAAGAGGACUCUAAAUUGUAA